GGGUGUUAACUAUGGCGUUUCCUUGUAAAUUCUAUGGGAUACACAUAAACUGUUGAAUUUCUAAAAAUACUUGGGUUUUUAUAGGUUAACACAUUACAGAACCAAGUCACCCAUCAGAGUCGGAAGAAUGCUGUUCAUUGCCUGGAUUCUGAGUUCAAUGUUUAUUCAUGCAGAAAGCAGGGGCAAUGUGAACUCGCUUGAAUUCCAACGAGAUCAUGGAAUUAUUGCCACGUUAGAUGGGUACCUACCCCGCUGUACAGGGUGUGUGGUGUGGGGGAGGGACCCACUCAUUAUCUAUGGACGUAUGCAUAUACCACAGGACACGUUGUACGUAUUGGAUGAGGCAGUCUUUUUUGCCUUGGCUUGCGCGCUUGAUUUAGAUUCUUCCUACAAAAAUUAUGACUGCACAAACUAUUCCGACCAUCAUUCCUUCACCCCGAUUUGCAUGUUUAAUUAUCGAAUGUUCCCGCCAAAUAGCUGCCAAAAAUGGGAAGGUAAUCCGAGGUACCAAGAUGGCUGCUACUGCGACGACGGAGAACCCAAACUUUGGUAUUCGUAUAUACCCGCAAGGCUGUUUAGAAAGACCACGAUGACAAUACGCUUUAUUUACGAUGGACGAACUUUCAAACAGCAAAGACGGUUCCCAUACAGAGCUAAUGAUACGCUGUUCGUCAAGGACCUAAUUGACCGCGGCCACAUAACUCGACCCAAUCACAAGUCUACUAACAGAUCCGCACGCAGGCUGACAAAUCUUCUGCUAGAGUUGAGCACAGUGGUUCUGGCCUUUGGCACCGUGGCUUUCUUCAUGUCUUAGACUCCGAUCCUACUGACCGAUGUCCAGUUGGGUGUGACCGAUUAAAUAUCUGAACUAGACAACUCCAUGGCAUCAUAAGAUAGAAUGACUAAAAGCACAUGUUUAAUGUUAGAUAAUGUUUAUAAUUAUUUUUUAAUUAUUUUAUCAGUAAAAUUAAGUUUUUCCCAAACAUUAUGUCCAUUUCUUCAACUCCAAACACAAUCUUGGUUAAUAGCAUAAUAAAACACAUUUUUUUA